GACGGGAGGGAGGAAGGGGAACACCAAAAUUCCACCGACGCAGUGGCAGGAUCCCCGUCCAUGGCCGUUAAGCCCAAACCCACCACCUACCUCCUCCUCCUCCCCUCCUCCUCCUCCUCCGCCGCCGCCGCCGUCCAUGGAGACCUCCAAGUCGCCGCCGCCGCCGCCCUUCUCCCCGCCGCGGCAACCCGGGCCGGCGACGGUGCUCCUGUGCCCGUGCGCGACGCUCCUCCUCCUCGCCCUCAUCGCCUCCUCCAUCGCCCUCACCGUCUACUUCCGCCUCUACUGCCACUCCCCCAUCGCCCACCUCCUCGCCCCUCACCGCUGCCCCCACCGCAUCUGACCUCCGCCGCCGCCGCCGCCUCGCUCCCUCUGCUCUCGCCGCUGGCAUGUGGGGCGAGGUGCGUUUCCACCUGCUCGGCAUCCGACGGCGACGAGGUGGAGGGGGAGGGGGAGGGGGGCUCGCCGGCGCAUGCGGACUCGAGCCACCCGGAGCACGUGGGGCGGGUGUGCGCGGCCAUCGCGGACGUCGUCGCGGCGGGCGCGGGCGCGGGCGCUGACGCGAGCCUCGAGGCGGCGCUCACCGCGCUCUCGCCGCCGCUCUCCGAGACGCUCGUCCUGGCGGUGCUCGACCGCUUCAAGCACGCGCACAGGCCGUCCCACCGCUUCUUCCGGUGGGCCGCCGCCGCCGCCGCCGCCUCCGGCGGCUUCGCGCACACCACCAUCACGUACUGCAAGAUGGUCCACAUCCUCGGCAAGGCGAGGCAGUUCCAGUCGAUGGUGGCGUUGAUCCAAGAGAUGGGGAAGGAGGGCGCCCUCUGCAUGGACGCGUUCAAGAUCGCCAUCAAGUCGUUUGCUGCUGCCGGUGAGAUCAAGAAUGCGGUCGGCGUGUUUGAGAUGAUGAGGACGCACGGCUUCGACGAUGGGGUGGAGUCCUUCAAUUGCUUGCUAGUUGCUUUGGCGCAGGAGGGGCUGGGGAGGGAGGCUAAUCAGGUGUUCGACAGAAUGCGUGACCGCUACGCUCCAGACCUACGGUCGUAUACCGCGCUGAUGCUGGCAUGGUGCAACGCGAGGAAUCUGGUGGAGGCUGGGCGGGUUUGGAAUGAGAUGCUGGAGAAUGGGUUGAAGCCUGAUGUUGUCGUGCACAAUACGAUGAUUGAGGGGUUGCUACGCGGGCAGAGGCGGCCCGAGGCUGUGAAGAUGUUUGAGCUCAUGAAGGCAAAGGGGCCUGCUCCAAAUGUGUGGACGUAUACAAUGUUGAUUCGGGACCACUGUAAGCGAGGAAAGAUGGACAUGGCAAUGCGGUGCUUCGAGGAGAUGCAGGAUGUUGGGUGCCAGCCGGAUGUCGCCACCUAUACAUGCUUGCUUGUGGGAUAUGGGAAUGCAAAGAGGAUGGAUAGAGUGACAGCCCUAUUGGAGGAAAUGACUCAAAAGGGGUGCCCUCCUGAUGGACGGACAUACAAUGCUCUCAUUAAGCUACUUACGAAUAGGAAUAUGCCAGAUGAUGCGGCAAGAAUAUAUAAAAAGAUGAUAAAGAAGGGACUUGAGCCUACGAUCCAUACAUACAACAUGAUGAUGAAGUCAUAUUUCCUUGGCGGGAGGAACUACAUGAUGGGUUGUGCGGUGUGGGAGGAGAUGCACCGGAAGGGGAUUUGUCCAGAUGUGAACUCUUACACAGUGUUUAUUAAUGGGCAUAUACGACAUGGUAGACCUGAGGAGGCAUGUAAAUACAUUGAAGAGAUGAUCCAAAAAGGGAUGAAGACUCCACAGAUAGACUACAAUAAGUUUGCUGCAGAUUUCUCCAAGGCUGGGAAGCCUGACAUAUUGUAUGAAUUGGCUCAGAAGGUGAAGUUUACAGGUAAAUUUGAUGCGUCUAAUGUGUUCCACCAGUGGGCAGAGAGAAUGAAAAAACGUGUCAAGAGGAAUGUCCCUAAUCAGACUGAGAGCAGGACGUUCUAAGAUUACCAUUUGCCAGCAGAAAUGUGGAUCUCUUUGAUGGUGGCUGAAAUUUGAGGUGUUGCUCCUGCUUUUUAGGAGAAAGGUGCUAGUUGUUUUCUGUGUUGUAUAGUAAUGGUCCAUGAAAUAUUAGUGUGUUUUCAUGUGUGAACAAAAUGAUUCAGUUAAUUAUGAUGUAGCCUAUGGUAGUUUUAUUUUAGUUCAGUCAUGUGUUACGCUAAAUCUUCAUUCAGGAGUGCCUCUUCCAUUUCUCUCUUGUUCCGUUAGUAUAUCUCAAUAACUCAUUAUGCUGGAUUAUGCAUCGUACCAUGGCUUAGUCUGUCAGCCAUAUCGUUGAAUUCAAGUAUGUUGAGGUGCUUAUGAUUAAGCAAUGCUGAUGUGUACUCCCUCUAUCCUAAAAUAAACCAACCUAGAUUGGGAUGGGACAUAACCUAGUACAACGAAUCUGGAUAGAGACAUGUCUAGAUUUGUUGUACUAGAUUAUAUUCCAUCCCAACCUAGGUUAGUUUAUUUUGGGACGGACGGAGUAGGUUCUAAGGAUGAAGAUAGCCGGAACUUACGAGCCGCAACUCUGUGGUUCCAUCCAGCAAUUUAUACUGCCUUUAGUUUGUAGUUAGCAAAUCUCAAUUGCGUCCAAAUAUUUUGUGUUCUUAAUUCUGAAAGAAAGCUGUAUAUUAAGAUUUAUUUUGUUUCUCAAAAUUGACCAAUUUCCCUGCUUUGGGAUCCUAAUUCAUUGGUAAUUCUGCAGAGUAGAGCAAGUGCAGGACCAGGUUUUUUUGUGGUCAAUGGCACUAUACCCGUAUGAGGCAUCUUGCUUUUUUUUCUCUUUUUUGACUAGCAGCAGAGCUAUCUAUAUUGUAGAAAUAGGAAUGGCAUUGUUCUGCAGUUGUUAGUUUUGGUCUUGACUGCAAUUUGAGAUGUGGUCGUAGCAAAGUUGCUAAGGUUUAUUUUGCCUAUGCUAUCUCGCAGCAGCUAUGAGCCUAUGCAGAUUUAUUCCAUGUGGUCCAUGUUUGUUGAUCUCUAUUCUAGUUUAAAGGUGAUUUGAGCUCUGUUGCAGUUUACUAAUAUGAUCAUUCCUCUUACUCCUGUGAGCUGAAUCUUGUGAUCUUGUCUACUUCAUUGUCUGUCACUUGUCAGAAAUUCCUAUCAAAAUACUGUAGAAUGGCAUUCUUUAGUAUAUGUCUAUAUACAAAGCGAAUCACCCCACAACAAACCUAGUCUGGUUAGAUGAGAGCUAUUGCACCAGUCUUCACUGUCAAUUGUUAAGAUGUCACAUGUUUGGUCCUGUUUAUAGCUCAUGCCUUUCUUGAGAUUCUUAAAAACAAUAAAUGUUUGUUCCAUACCACACUUCAACUUCUAAGUACUUUUGCAUCAUUACUCACUUGUUUGAGAGGUAGGCAUGUUCUGUGUCUUAUUCAAAAGGCUACUUGUUUUAGUGUUAUGUAGUAUGACUAAGUUCCUUGUUUGGUAUCUUUAUGUUCAAUAGAUCAAUUAUCUGGCUGUUUGUUCGCUUCGUUGCUAUGCCAUUGCAUAAACAAAGGACCCAACAUUGCCAUAUGUUUACAAUUGGGGAUAGAUUUGUCAAUUUUACUAAAAAUGUUGUGUGUAUUACAGUUUGCUGAUCUGUUCACAUGUGAUCAAAGAUUUAGCUCUGUUUCUGUGGUUCUUUAACAUGGAGUUGUCUUGUUGUGCCUUUCAACAUUAGAUGUGCACUGGUUCCGUCCUUUACUAAAUGCUAUUACAAAUAUGAUUUGCGUGUCUAAUUGUAGAUAUUUCACUGCUUAUGAAAACUGCAAGCUCAGUACGUUGUAAUUAUUUGCCACAUUUGUUUUAUAAAUCUGUUCCGUUGUAUUAUUGUGUUCCUUAUCUGGCUUUAUAUGUCUCAGACUUUUCUACUGUCCCACAGCACAUGGGAGACCUUUCUGUCUAUCAUGUGGUGCUUGAUUCUAACUUGGCACUUGGUUGGUAAGAGUCAAGGUAAUGUACAGUAUUCAGUUAGCUAGCUCCUCUUAGUACUGUUACACCAAACAUGAGCAAUGCUCUUUGAUUCUAUUGUACUUUUCUGUUUGGUGAAUUUAAUUUAUUCUGAUUCCUACUGUCCUGAUUUAAAUUUAAACCUGACAGAUAUAACAUGCUCACAUUUCAACUUUUGUGAUGCAUGUGUUAGUAUUUUUUUUUUAGCUUUUACUCUUUGAUUAAUCUUUCAAGGACAUUUGGUAUGCAGGAUAGAAAGAAAAUAAAAUAGUAAUAAUGCCAUGAAUCUAGCCUUUAGAUUUAUUCAGCUUAAAACUGAAUGCUCUUGUCCUAAUAUUUCCUGAAUUAAAUUUACGUAUGCGUUUUUUCAAGGAAAACUGCAUCAGGUUGAAAUUGACUUAUUUGGUAUAAUGGGCAUUAUUUUAGUUCUUUGAUGGUCCCUUGUACAGACAGUAUAUACGUUUGUUUUAAAGAAAAUAAACACACCUGGUAACUGAAAUAUAAUCUGGAUUAGUGUAAUGGAUUUCUCAUAUUAAUUUAUAUCAAGAUAAUGGGACAGCAUCCAUUCAGGAUAUCGGAUUGCUCUGGCUUCUCAAAUCUAGCUGAGAUUUUACGAAAGACGCAUGAAUUGAAUCCUGCUUGUCUCAUGACUGAUGCAACCUGUUUCUUUCAAGUGUCAUGUGUGGGUGCCUUUUCAAUCUGAUCAUAUCUUGGGCUUCUCCAACUGCCAGUGGUAAAAUUAUCUUUUAGAUUGGAUGAACAAGAUUAGGUACUUUAUUUUCUCAAUUUUAUCUUAGUUCUGUUAGUGUGUUAGCUUAGUUUUCUGUAAAUGCUGGGUUUAUACCAUCUUGACACCAAUACUUGGUCAUGACAAACAAAUUAAGAAAAAAGAAAAAAGAAAAAAAUAGUCUUUUUCUUUUGUUGCAAUCUUCACUUAUUUGAACCUUCAUUCAUAUUUGAGGCGUCCAUGGCACUGGUAAGUCGAAACUGUAUCAGACUGCAGAUUCAUGGUUUUUACUAUGCUAUCUACAAAUAUACUAAAAUUUUACAAAUGUUGAACAUAUUCCCCUCAACACAUAUUGCACAUUCCUGUGACCUUCCAAUGUAGAAGCAUUUAAGUUCAUUUGUUCAGUGAACAUUAAUUACAAGCUGCUGGUGCUGCUCCUGGCCACUCAUACUGUGCAAGUUUGAUGCGUUUCUUCUCCGUUGAUCCUGCAGAAACAGAGGAAGAGAAGGUAUCAUGACUGCGGACUAUUAUGCUCCUAUAAGCCAUUGAGCAGAAGUCAGUCAAGACUAACCUGAAGCAGCUGCAACCGAAACUGUCGUUGGCCCUGCUGAAUCAUGCGGACCAUCCGCAUGAUAGCAUAGAACGGCAACAAGAUUCCAGCAGCCCGAAUGAUCCGCCGCUUCAAUUGUCACCACUGCAAUGAGAUGCCACACCAGCAGCAUAAUGGUGAACUGCACAAGAAUCACAGAUGAUAUCAGAAUCCAGGAGACACCCUGAACGGCCUGCCAGACAAUGGACAAUUUCGCUUCAGCUGUCUCAUACCGUUAUCGUCAAUGAUCGGCACCAUGAGGAGCAGUCUCCAUUACCCGUCUGCGCCUCGGAUCCUGCAUACUGCUCCUGAUCCUCCUGAGAGAGUUCCUCAGGGAGCAUCUCCUCGUCUCUGCAAAAGAAGGCUCUGCAUCAGGCAGUGUACCGAGUUGGCACAUGUGUCCCCCAUCUAAUCCGAUCUGGUGGUUGCAACUGCUGAAACCUUGCAGCAAGAUGCAACCCCGGGUGAUGAUGUGAGUGUGACUAAGGUGGCCACGUUAGCUGGAAUGCUGGAUGGCCGGGAAGGUGGAUUUGUGCAUUGACACCGUGUGAUUUGGACGCACGCUCUUGACAGGACGCCUCACCGAUGCAUCCACAGCUCAUACUUCACGGUUUGAUUUGGCUGUCUAUCUGGUCAUUUUUGGCAUGAUGCCCUAUUGUACAUUUUUGUUCAGAUAAUGGCAUUUCACACAGCCUAACGCAAUUGGUCAGUGUAGUUCUGUGUGGAAAUGUUGCCAGCUGAAGCUUCUUUUUUUUUUCUCUCUUUUUAUAUUUUGUUGUGAUGGUUCUGUGUGAAAACUGAGCUGCAGCUUUAUCUCUGUAAUCUCAUUGGAGAACCACUAAUCAGGCCAAUGUAAUAUGCCAAGAUGCAUUACUGCA